UUGGGGCGGUGCCCAUAAAAAUGCAGGGAGGAGUCUUUACUAAAGGUUCGGGCACAGAGUGAAAAGUCACUCAAGGAAAGUCCGCGGCUCUAACAUGAUUAGUACGGAAGUGAGUGGGAAGAAAGAAAAUACAACAAAGGGCGAAUGGAAGUGCCCCACCUCUCAAGGACACAUCCCCAGCGAAGACGUGAGAAAGGUGUGGAAAGAAUGCCAACAAGAAAGCUUCUGGUAUAGAGCUCUACCCCUGUCCGUCGGCAGCAUGGCUGUCACGGGGACUCUCAUCUACAAUGGUAUUUGGAAAACGUCAAAGCGGUUUGGUCCCUUUCCAAAACUAGCAGUUGCCGGAAUCCUUGGCUUUGCCGUGGGGAAAGCAUCUUACAUGAGUACCUGUCGUCGCAAAUUCCAGGAGCUCGGCCCCGGGAUUGAGCCACCGUUUGGGCCUUGGUCUGGCCCUUUUAAUCGCGGACACAGGUCCUGUCAACAUGUGUGCGAAGAGUGUAAGAAAAAAGUUCCGGCGGGACCUACAGAAUGAUUAGAAGAAAAAAAAUUAAAUGUGUCAUUCAGGGAUACUUUACAAAGGAUGGUAACUUGAUUUUUUUAAAUACCUUUGAUUUUCUCUUUCCCUGCAUUAAAAUAAACAAAGAAAUAAAUGAACAACUUUCACAAAAUCACCUCUAGAGGGCAAUGUUGUCAUUUGAACCAUAAAUACCGUUACAGUACUGUACUGUAGUCAAUUUUGGUGCAUUGCAUGGUUUCUUUGUAGUUUUAGUGGUGUAUAAAAUACAUUUUAAAGUACUGUACAACAUACAUUACAAUGUACUGAGGGGCACAUGAAAAUUA